GGUUGCAACUCGCCCUUAAAAAGGAAAGAAGGUGCAGCUUGAGUUGAGUGCUUUAUCAUUUGCGUGAUAAUAUGUGGGUUUUGUUUUCUUGCUUACUAUAACCUGCACUUUUUACCGGACGCAUUAAACUCUUGACAGGAUUCACUGAGAGUUGUUGCUGUAUUGAGAGCUCUUAUAAAUUAAACACAGCUUCGCAACAAUAACAGUUGGUUAAUUGUUUAUUUUGUGUUCAGAUGUCCGUCAUGAGGACACAGGUAGACGUGAUGUGCUGUAAAUCAGUAGGAACGGAUCUGUCCAUGCUGGAUAUUGAUGAUUUAAUGACAGAAAUCUCUCAGCUGAAGAAAGAGGUGGCGUUAUUGGAGGCAAAGCUCAGCGAGAGAGACGAACUGAACAGAAAGGAUGUAUCUGGUGUCUCUCUCUGUGUCAUCACUGAUGAAACAUCUCCAGAGCUUCUGGUUUCUGUCUGUAAUGAAGAGGAGAAACCAUCAGUGAAUCUGCUGGACUGCAAAAUGGAGCUGAAAACAGAAAUCACUGAAACAGAAGAACAGACAGAUGAAGCUGAUUUAAUCUAUCCAGACCUGAUGAAGGUGAAAGUGGAAAUUACAGAACCGAAUGACAUGGAGGAAAAACCUCAUCAUUUAUUAACUGGAGAAGAAUCUCAAAGCUGCUUGAAGACGGAGAACGAUUUCUCAUUAAAACAAUCUCAAAGAGAAACAGCCAAAGAUUCCCUUACAUGCCCUCAGUGCGGAGAUAUCUUCACUCGUAAAUAUAAUUUAAACAGGCACAUCAGACGUCACACAGAAGGAAAGUCGUACGUUUGUACUCCAUGUGGAAAGACCUUUUUAUGUAAAAACAUGCUUAAAGCGCACAUGAGAAGUCACACUGGAGUAAAGCCUUACAGAUGUGACCAGUGUGGAAAGACCUUCAAUUGUAAAUCCCACUUGAAAGAUCACAUGAGAAUUCACACCGGAGAAAAGCCCUACAAAUGUGACCAGUGUGGAAAGACCUUCAAUUGUAAAUUCCCCUUGAACGAGCACAUGAGAAUUCACACCGGAGAAAAGCCGUACAGAUGUGACCAGUGUGGAAAGACCUUUGCACUGAAAUCCACUCUUAAUGUGCACAUGAGAUGUCACACUGGAGUAAAGCCUUACAGAUGUGACAAGUGUGGAAAGACCUUUGCACAGAAAUCCACUCUUAAUGUGCACACGAGAGGUCACACUGGAUUAAAGCCUUACAAAUGCGACCAAUGUGGAAAGACCUAUACUUGUAAAUCCAAUUUGAAAGAUCACAUGAGAUGUCACACUGGAGAAAAGCCACACAAAUGUGACCAGUGUGGAAAAGUCUUUUCACGUAGAAGCAACCUUAGUAAGCACAUGCGAGUUCACACUGGAGAAAAGCCUCACAGAUGUCCUCAGUGUGGAAAGAGUUUUGCGUGGGCAGCUGGUCUGAAAGAGCAUCUUUUGUAUCAUUCUGAAGUGAGACCGUUUCAGUGUGAACACUGCAGUAAAACAUUCAUAGCUGUAUGGUACCUGAGGAGACACUUUGAGAAGACUCAUGCAGGUGUGACUGAUGCACUCUUCAGAGAAGCACAAGAAAACACACACAGGUGUGACGUAUCACAUGUGCUUUGUGACGUAUUUCCGCUUUUGAGUCGCCCCUUCGACAGUAGCCAGCACCUAUUGCAGUUUUGUGUCGUUUACGAAGAUAUGUCCGUCAUGAGGACACAGGUAGAUGUGAUGUGCUGUAAAUCAGUAGGAACGGAUCUGUCCAUGCUGGAUAUUGAUGAUUUAAUGACAGAAAUCUCUCAGCUGAAGAAAGAGGUGGCGUUAUUGGAGGCAAAGCUCAGCGAGAGAGACGAACUGAACAGAAAGGAUGUAUCUGUUUUCUCUCUCUGUGUCAUCACUGAUGAAACAUCUCCAGAGCUUCUGGUUUCUGUCUGUAAUGAAGAGGAGAAACCAUCAGUGAAUCUGCUGGACUGCAAAAUGGAGCUGAAAACAGAAAUCACUGAAACAGAAGAACAGACAGAUGAAGCUGAUUUAAUAAAUCCAGACCUGAUGAAGGUGAAAGUGGAAAUUACAGAACCGAAUGACAUGGAGGAGAAACCUCAUCAUUUUAUAACUGAAGAAGAAUCUCAAAGCUGCUUGAAGACGGAGAAUGAUUUCUCAUUAAAACAAUCUCAAAGAGAAACAGCCAAAGAUUCCCUUACAUGCCCUCAGUGCGGAGAUAUCUUCACUCGUAAAUAUAAUUUAAACAAGCACAUCAGACGUCACACAGAAGGAAAGCCGUACGUUUGUACUCCAUGUGGAAAGACCUUUUUAUGUAAAAACAUUCUUAAAGCGCAUAUGAGAAGUCACACUGGGGUAAAGCCUUACAGAUGUGACCAGUGUGGAAAGACCUUCAAUUGUAAAUCCCACUUGGACGAGCACAUGAGAAUUCACACCGGAGAAAAGCCGUACAGAUGUGACCAGUGUGAAAAGACCUUUACACUGAAAUCCACUCUUGAUGUGCACAUGAGAUGUCACACUGGAGUAAAGCCUUACAGAUGUGACCAGUGUGAAAAGGCCUUUUCACAGAAAUCCCACUUGAAAGAUCACAUGAGAAGUCACACUGGAGAAAAGCCUUACAAAUGUGACCAGUGUGGAAAGACCUUUACACGUAAAUGGCAUGUUACCAAGCACAUGAGAAGUCACACUGGAGAACAGCCUUACAGAUGUGAUCAGUGUGAAAAGAGCUUUGCACGUAAAUGUCUCCUCAGUAAGCACAUGAGAAGUCACACUGGAGAACAGCCUUACAGAUGUGAUCAGUGUGGAAAGAGUUUUGGACAGAAAUCCCACUUGGACGAGCACAUGAGAAUUCACACCGGAGAAAAGCCGUACAGGUGUGACCAGUGUGGAAAGACCUUUACACUGAAAUCCACUCUUGAUGUGCACAUGAGAUGUCACACUGGAGUAAAGCCUUACAGAUGUGACCAGUGUGAAAAGGCCUUUUCACAGAAAUCCCACUUGAACGAUCACAUGAGAAGUCACACUGGAGAAAAGCCUUACAAAUGUGAUCAGUGUGAAAAGAGCUUUGCACGUAAAUGUCUCCUUACUAAGCACAUGAGAAUUCACACUGGAGAAAGGCCUUACAGAUGUGAUCAGUGUGGAAAGAGUUUUGUGUGGGCAGAUAAUCUGAAAUCUCAUCUUCUGUGUCAUUCUGGACUGAGACCAUUUCAGUGUGAACAGUGCAGUAAAACAUUCAUUUCUGUACGUUACCUGAAGAAGCACAUGAAAACUCAUGCAGGUAUAACUAAUGCACUCUCCUCCUCUAAAGAACACAAGAAAACACACACAGGUGUGACAUCUCAUAUGUGUUUUGAGUGUGGAAAAGCCUUUACUACAGCUAGCCAAUUAAAACAGCAUCACAGAUUUCAUACAGGAGAGAAACUUCACCCCUCAGGAUGUCUUGUUACUCACAGGAAGAAGUGUCGUAAAGAGAUCGAAAUUCAUCCUCAAGAAACUGUUCAGACCAGAAGAUCCCUGCGAUCUUCUUCAGCCAUUUGCUAAUACUGGUCUAGCAGUGAUUAAGUUUGUCAUUGUUUGACGAAACAAAUUCAGAGAUGGUCAUUGUAAUAACUCCAAAUAAAUCUGGAAUGUUAGUUUAGCAAUAUUAAUAUUUUAUCAACAAUCUGAAUUAAUUUCUUUGGUAUAUUACAGACCAGUGCUGUUUGAAUUUUUUUAAGUGCUGGGUAACUACAGGCCAAUGAAUAAGUGGUUUGAGACCAUCUUGUAAAUUAAAAUGUCUGUUUUUAUGGAUGGAUAAAGCCUUUUGAACAUAAAACAGCUAAUGGUAUUCACAGUCAUAGGUCUAGAAUCAAACCUGUCAUCACACAAUAAGCGACUUGAAGAUUUGCCGAAUUGUGUCAGGUUAGUGGAUGCAAAUAUUUAAAUAUGUAAGAAAAUUUCAUCUCAGAAUGAAAAUUAACCCACAAUUUACUUGCCUUCAUGCCAUCUUAGAUACUGUAUAACCAGGGCUGGGGAGUAACGAAAUACAUGUAACUUAGUUACAUAUUUAAAUCAAAAUUUGAGUAACUGUAUUUCAUUAUAGUUACUUUUUAAAUGGUGGUAAUCAAAUUACAGUUCCAUCCGAAAAGUAUUUUAGAUUACCAAAGUGAUUACUUGGAAUUUUAAUGCCAUUUAUUUCAUUUAAACUUUAUAUUAACUGUAACGGGCAAUUAAAGGGGUCAUAUGACAUGACUAAAACUAAUAUUAUCUUUUGUUUUAGAUGUGAUGUAAUGUGUAUACAUGAUUUAAGGUUAAAAAAUGCUGUAUUUUCCACAUACCGUGCAUGUUUGUAUCUCCACUUUGCCCCGCCUCUCUGAAACGCGCGGAUUUUUUACAAAGCUCAUUGCUCUGAAAAGCGAGGUGUGCUAUGAUUGGCCAGUUAACUAGUGCGUAGUGAUUGGUUGAAUACUGCAAGCGUGUGACAAAAAUGUAACGCCUCUUACCAUAUUUGGAACAUCAGGUUGCAAAGCAAUUGUACUGACGGGUACACCCACCUUACUUGCGUAUACAUUUGGGCGGUCUGACGUAGAUUUGUGGGGGUGUGGUUACACGAGGCGUUUCAGGCAGGUCUGGGUGAGCAUUCGCUUUUAGAUAGAAUGCAUAUUUUGUUCCCACACUUUCAUUUUUGCAAAUGUACGUGUCCAAUACAUGCAGGGGCCAUAUGACCCCUUUAAUGUAAACAGCAAUCGGUGAUUCUCUGACUCUGACACUCUGCAAAAGCAUGCCAAACUACAGUUCUGCUCGUUUUCAUGCCCCUUGCAGAAUAUGCAAAAUUUGAAUAAUUUUAACAAAAUAAGAGGGAUCUGGGUUCAUAGAAAUUGCAUAUUAAUUUGAUUUAGUACUGUUCUGAAUAAGCUAUUUCACGCAAUAGAAGUUUACAUAUACUCCAUAACACAAACUGAGCGAAUUUAUACAAAUUGCCACAUAAAAAAAUGUACAUACCCUUGAAUCUUUAAUGUCUGUGGUUACCUGAAUGAUUAACGACUGUUUUCAUGUUUUGCGAGUCCCUUGUUUAUGUUAUUUGUUUAGGUAAUUGCAACCUUUUUAGUUCUUUUAUCUCACAGUUCUGACUUUUUCUCACAAUUGCGAGUUUAUAACUCACAAAUCUGAUUUAUUUUCUUAGAAUUGUGAGAGAUAUACACUUACAACUGCAUCUGUCAGUCCAAUGAGAGAAAAAACACUGACUUUUUUUCUCAGAAUUGUGAGCUUGAGAAAAAAAAAUCUGAAUUGUUAUAAAGUCAGAAUUGCAUAAAAAUAAACUCACUAUAAAAAUGUAAAAAUUGCGAAAGCUCGCAAUUGUUAGUUUUUCAUGCAAUUCUAAUUUCAUAAGUUUUUUUGUUUAAAUCUUGGACUUGGUUUUCCUCUGCAUAUUAUUUUAAACAACAUCAGUUUUCCACAAUAUAUCUUAAAGCAAAAAAGCAGAGAAUCUUAGAAAAAAGAAAAAUGCUGAUGCUCAAAAGGGCAGCACAAUGCAUUAAGAGCUGGGGUGUGUAAACUUAUUUGAAUUGGAGGCAAAAUGUACAUAUUUUGUCUUCGGGGAAACAUGUGGUUAUACAUGCUUAAUGUGAAGGGCAGUACUAAAUGAAAAAAAUAUCUAUAAACAAAAUAAAAAAUCUUAACAAAUCAUCCCGUUUAAACAUUUUCACUGAAUGCAUUGUGUUUCAUGGAAACUUGUUUCCAUCACUAAAUAAAAAAAAGUUUAAAUCUCGCAAUUCUGAAAAAACAAGUUCUGAUCAUGAUCCAAGUCUCUAUAUGGAAAUGGUUUCAUUAGGUCAGUUCUUAGUGGAUAUGCCUCAUCCCCUACAUUCAUACAAGGCAUCAGAGGAGGUAACUGUAGAAGACCCUCGUCCAUCACUUUACAAAGGUCAGAGUGCGCAAACAGGCCAGCAUCAGACACCCUGCCCUGGGCACCAACAUUUGCGUAAAUAAAUUAGUAGUUGGCAUCCACAACUGCCAUCAUCACUACAGAGGACCUUCCUUUGUAGUUGUGGAAGAGACUACCACUCUUUGCAGGAGGCUGGAUUUGAAUAUGUUUACCAUCUAGCGCGCCAAUGCAGUGUGGAAACUGCCACCUCUCUUCAAAAUCUCUGGCAAUUUGCUGCCAUUCAGCUUCAGUUUUUGGCGUCUAACAAAGAGAGAGAGAGCACUAUUUAAAGGCAAGGGUUACGAUUAUGUAGACACAAACAGCAGGGUAAUAAAAAUCGUUACAGUCUUUUAUUGUACAACUAUACUUUUUACACAGUAAUGUUUUACAUAGUAAACCACUUCUAAAUGUAGAACUAUCAGUAUUAGUAUAUAUAUUUUUUUUUAAUUGUGUACAUUUUCACUUGUUUUUUAAAAAUGUGCUGUGUUCAGCACAGCCUACCGUUAAAUACUUUUCUUUCAUGGCUUGAUGCAGUGCAACACAUGUCUCCAUUACAAUCUUAGAAACGUAUUUUCGCUGAUGGUUGGGACCGCCUCUUCACCGAAUGUUUUGUGGUGUGUGCACCUCGUCAGCGGUGUGUUGUGUAGUAUGCGCGCAAUUAUGACAAGACGACGACAGAUGAGAAGGAACUUUGUUGUGUAGUGUAAGCGCCAU